UUUCAUCUGCUCAACCUUGGUGAUCUUCCGAUCGCUUUCUCUUCCGUUCAAAAUUUUGUCUGCUACCUCAUCAUCAUUUUCGUCUCCCUCUUAUUCAAAGUUUCGGAAUCCAUUGUUUUAUGAGUAUCAUCGUCACCGUUCUGAUCUCUCCCCCUCUCUCUCUCGCAACCGAUGGUAUAAAUCGACAGAGAAGACACAAGAAGCGUGUUUAUGUGAGCAUAGUUUACCUCCGUCCCCUCCAAUCGUUCCUGUCGCUUGAGCAGGAGCAGAAGAUGGAAAUGGAAACAAAAGAAAGUACCAUGGAAGUCCACAUGAAAGAAAUGAUUGAUAAAAAGGAAGUUGUGGAAGCAUAUAAUGGGUCUCCUUCAAGCGCCACAGAAGUUGCUGAUAUAGUCAAUGAAGCACAAGAAGAAAUAUCUAUUGAUGGACGGCUUAUAAAGGUAGAAAAGGAAUUAAUUUUCGUAAAGAAAAAUGUUCAUGUGCAUCAUGAGGAAGAAGAAAGUUGCUCUGUUGAGGAAAUGGAGGAAAAAAUGAAUUCUCUCGAACUAUAUCUGGAAAAGAUAAACACAGACAUUGAAUUCUCAGAACUUGAGAAAUCUAAACUGAAAGAAGAAUUUGCCUUUAUGAAGGAAAAAUUGAAGGAGAAGACCAGGCACUCAAUGGACCUAGAACAGAUGCAAAAAUAUCUUAAGCACAAACUUGAAUCUGCUGAAGAACGUGCCAAAGAGUAUGAGCAAAUGUACUAUUCACAGAGUGAGGUUCUGCAAUCUGCACUUAAGUCUCAAGAUGCAUUCCAAAGCGAGUUGGUUGUGGCGAAAGAGGCAGUCAACAAGUUAAGUGCAGAUCUACAACUUUCGAGGCACAGAACACAAACAGUGGAACAAGAGAUGAGAUCUUUGAUGGGAGAAGCGCAGAAGGCUCUGGAGUUGCAGAAUUUGUUGGAACUAGCAAAUACUAAUGCCAAAGAGAUGGAAGUUCAAGUUGCCUCUCUUCAAGAGGAACUGAGGGAGCUACAUGGACGAAUGUCUGAUAGUGAACAAGCGGAGGUUACUCUCAGAAAUACGUUAAUAAAGCUUUCUGAAGUCGAAAAUGAGCUUAGUCUUUCAAAAGCACGUGAAUUAGAUCUGGAGGAACAGAUAGGCUCCGGGGAAAGAAUUAUUAGGGAGGUGGAAGAGCAAUUAAAUUUGACCAGAGCCUCGGAAGACAGACUGAAACAAGAAAUUGCAGCUUUGCACAAAUCAUUUACUGCAUGCAAAGAAGACCUUCAGUCAAAAAUAACUGAGUUGAGCGAGUUAGAUUUAACGUUCAUUGAGGAGAGGAAGAAGAUAAUGCUGCUGGAAGGCAACUUAAAGAGCCAAGAAGAACGGGUCUUAAACAUUGAAGAGGAACUAUCCAUUAUGACUAGAAUGAAAAUAGAUGCAGAAACUACCGUAUCUUCAGUUAAUCAGGAGAUGCAUCAGAUGCAGAAAUUAAUCCUUGAUCUUGAAAAUAAGCUGAGAACAUCCAUUCACAAGAAUGCUGAAUCAAACUCCUGCCUGGAACAGGCUAUGUCCCGUUGUGCUGAAUUGGAGCUAAAGCUGAAGACUCUUGAAGACCUCCACAUUGAAUACGAACUUAAAGCUACAGAUGCUAUAAAAUUGAAUCUUGAGUAUCAAAGCAUGCUUCAAGCGUCUAAUGCAGCAAGAGAAACAGUAGAAUUAAAUUUUAAGGUAACUGAAUCGGAAUUGAUCCAUGUGAGGCAAAAGAAACUAGAGCUUGAAGAACAGCUAGAUUGGGCUCAAGCAAGAAGUUCUGAGACAGAUAAAGUUGCGAAAGAAUUCCAAGAGAGAACUUUCGAGCUGUCUGAAAUGCUAGGAAAGGUCGAAGAAGAAAACAAGAUUCUAAAAACCCAAAUAUCAGAAUACAAAGAUAAGCUUAUGUGCUUGGAAUCUGCUAUAAGUCAAUCUUCUCAAAGGAACUUGCAACUGGAGGCAGAGCUGAAAGUUGCAAGUGAAAGAUGUCUGGAACUGGAGAGCCAAGUCGCCACCAUUAACCAGAUAAACCUUGACCUUGAAUCCUCAAUUCAGAUAUCACAUUCCAAAGCUGAGGAUGCAGGAAGAAAGGCGAGGGAGCUUGAGCUACUACUAGAGAAUUCUGAACAGAAAGAACAUGAUCUUAAAGAGCAGUGUACAACUGCAGAAAGAAAAUAUUUGGAAAUGGAAAUUGAAUCCAAUCAGUACUCGAGAAGAUUAUCUGAACUUUCUAGCGAACUGGAGGUAUCUAUUGUAAAAAUAUCUAAUUUGGAGAUUUCUGUACGAACUGGAAGAGAAAAAGAGAUGGAAUCAAUGGAAACUAUAAGAGACCUCUUGGAAGAAAGGAAUAAGCUUUCAAGAGAGAUUGGCAACCUUGAAUUAGCUUUAGAUCAGUCGAUGCUGAAAAUCAAAGAGCUGGAAAGUGACCUGACUGUUUCCAUGGAGAAAUCUGUGGAAUUUCAGGGCCGUGCAGAUAUUACUCAUCAGCGUUGCCUUGAGCUUGAAGACCUAAUCCAUAUCUCAAACUCCAAAGCCGAGAAUGCAGAAAGAAGGGUGGCUGAACUAGAAAUGCUGAUGAAAGAAUCAAAAGCAAAGGAGCAUGAGCUUCAAAAGCAUAUAGGAUCCGUGGAAGAAAAGUUGCUGAACUCAAGACAAGAAUGUGAAACAUAUGCCUCCAAAGUUUUGGAGCUUUCACAAACCCUGGAAGUUUCUCUAGCAAAAGUGUCAAGCUUUGAGGUUGCUCAAUCUGAGACCAACAAAGCAGAGACUGAGUUGAAGGAACAUUUGGCUCAGAUUACAAGAGAGAAGGAAAAUUUUGAAAAGAAAAUGAUGCAUUUGGAAUCCGAAUUAAACAUUUCACGUUCAAGGAACUUGGAGCUAGAACAGGAGCUUCAAACGACUACAGAAAAAAUUACUGAUUACGAGAAUUCUGCAAACACAACUCACCAGAGGUCCCUGGAGCUGGAAGGCCUCAUGAAAAUGUCAAACUGCAAAGCAGAGGAAGCAGAAGCAAAGUAUGAAAGAUCUACUUCCAAAGUCGACAAAUUAUCAAAAGAGCUAGAGAUUUCUUUAGAAAAGGUGUCAAGUUUGGGGUUUGCAUUGCACGAAGCAAACACAAGAGAGACCACUUUGAGAGAACAUUUGGCUCUGGUUUUGGAAGAAAAGCAGAAAAUUGAAGACAAAACUGUGCAAUUGGAGUCUGAACUAGAUCAGUCACAUUCACGGACCUUGGAGCUAGAACGAGAAGUGAAAGUUGUUAGGAAGAAAAUUAGUGAACAAGAGGAGCUUGCAGUCAAGAACGAACAGAGGUGCCUGGAGCUCGAAUACCAAAUCCAAGUAUCUGAUUCCAAAGCCAAAGAGGAAGGAAAAAAGGUGGAGGGGCUUGAGCAGAUAGUAAAAACUUUAGAGCAAAAGAGCAAUGAUCUUGAAGAACAUUGCAGAUCAAUGAAAACAAAGUAUGUUGAGGUGGAAGAAGAGUGCCGACAAUAUUCCAGCAAGACGUCUGAAGUUUCUGCAGAACUGGAUGUUUCUUUAGCAAAAAUACUCAACUUGGAGGUUUCUUUGAAAAAUGCAAAAGAAAAGGAGAUGGAGUUAAUGGAAAAUAGAAGGGAGCUUGUGGAGGAAAGAAGUAAGGUUUUAGAUACGAUGGGCCAUCUUGAAUUGGCAUUAGAAAAUUCACGCCUGAAAAUAAAGGAGCUUGAGAAAGACUUGACAGUUGCCAUGGAGAAAUCUGUGGAAUAUGAGAGCCGCAUCAAUGUAACUCAGCAGAGGUGCCUUGAGCUUGAAAGCUUAAUCCAGAUCUCAAAUGCCAAAGCAGAGAAUGCAGAAAGAAACUUAGCUGAACUAGAAUCACUUCUGAAGAACUCAAAGAACAAGGAGCACAUGCUGGAGAAACACUUAAAGUCAACAGAAAUCGAGUUGUUGAAUGAAAAAGAAGAACGUGAAAGAUAUGAAGCCAAAGUUGCAAAAAUUUCUCAAGAACUGGAUGUUUCUUUGGUUAAACUGUCGAGUCUGGAGCAUGCAUGGCAUGACUCAGACACAAAAGAAAUCAAGUUUAAGGAACAUUUUGGUUUACUUAUGGAAGAGCAGGAAAAAUUCCAAAAUAAGAUAAAGGAAUUGGAAGCUUACCUGAAUAAGUCAACUUCGAGGAACUUGGUGCUAGAACAAGAGUUGAAAGACGUUACAGAAAACUGUAAUAAGUACGAGAGUGAUGCCAAAACAUAUGGCCAGAGAUGCCACGAGCUCGAAGACCUCAUCGAAAUGGCAAACUCCAAAGUGGAGGAAGAAAAAGCAAACCAUGAAAGAUAUGCUUUCAAAGUUUCCCAACUUUCUGAGGACCUGAAAGUUUCUCUGACAAAAGUAUCAACGCUAGAGCUUGCGUUACAUGAUGCAAACACAGAGGGAACUAUGUUAAAGGAACAGUUGGUCCUCGUCAUGACAGAGAAGGAGAAAUUUAAAGAUAGAAUGAAGCAGUUAGAGUUUGACCUGGAUCAUUCAUGUUCAAGUAGGUUGGAGCUAGAACAAGAAUUACAAGUUGUUAGGAAAAAAUGCACUGAACAGGAGGGACUAAUCAACGUGAACCACGAGAUGUGCAUUGAGCUUGAACUCCAAAUCCAAAAACUGAACUCCAAGACAGAGCAAGAAGAAAGAAAGGUGACAGAUAUUGAACUACUAUUAAGGACAUCAGAGCAGAAACAAAAUGAACUUGAAGAGCAGUGCAAUUCCAUAAAAACAAAGUACAGUGAGGUAAAAAUUGAACUAGAACAAUGUUCCAGCAGGUUAUCUGAAGUUUCUGUGGAACUAGAGGCAUCUUUAGCAAAAAUCUUUAAUCUGGAAGUUGCUUUACAAAAUGCACAAGAAAAGGAGAUGGAAUUGAUGGAAAGUGUAAAACAGCUCCUCGAAGAAAGAAAAAGGUUUUCGGAUGAGAUUAGCCAACUUGAAUCAUGUUUAGAUCGGUCAAGAUUGAAAAUUAAGGAGUUAGAGGUUGAUCUGGUAGUUGCAAUGGAGAAACGUGUGGAACAGGAGGGUCGUGCUAACAUUACUCAAGAGCGAUGCCUUCAGCUUGAGGAACUUAUGCAUAUAGCACGCUCCAAAGCAGAAAGUGCAGAGAAAAAGGUGGCUGAAUUAGAAAUAUUGCUGAGAAAUUCAAGAGAUAGGAACCACGAGGUUGAAGAGCAUAUAACAUUAAUAGAGAGAAAGUUUAUGAAUGCCAAAAGAGAACAUGAUGAAUAUGCUUUUAAAGUUUCCGAACUUUCACAAGACCUUGAAGCUUCUCUGGUAAAAGUUCCGAGAUUGGAGCUUUCACAGUUUGAUGCAGACACAAAGGAGGCCGAUUUGAAGGAACAUCUGGCCUUCAUUAUGACAGAGCAAGAAAAUUUCAAAAAGAAAGUCAUGCAAUUGAAAUAUGAUCUGGUUACAGCAGCACAGGGAAAAAGUGAAGAUGAGUUAUUGAAAGCUAAUCUAGACAAAUCCUCUUUGAAACUGGAGAUAGAACAGGAACUCAAGGUUGUCACAGAGACAUGCAUAGAGCAUGAGGUUCUUACUGACUUGAACCAAAGCAUCUGUAGCAAAACUAAAACAAAGAAUGAAGAUCUAGCUGAAACAGACCUGAAACUCACUACUGAGAUAACUUCAGGUCAAACCCAAGUGUCCGAGUUACAGAUACAGAGCUCACCUGAAACAGUAACCAACAAAACGGUUCACCGUAUUCAUGCUUUCAAGAAUACCGAUGAUUCCUCAGAAGGACAUGAAGUUGACAGACGGCAGCACGAAUCUCAGAUAUCUUCACACAGUCUACAGCUAGAGUUGGAACCACCAGAAGAUCAGACCAAGGAACGGGAAGAACACAUUGUUCUGGUGCACAAGGAGUUGGAAGAAGAAAAACUCACACCAGGUCAAACUUCCGAGUCUGAAGAACAGAUAAGGGGCAUCGACAGUGAGCUGCAACAUGUGACUGGAGGAACAGAGCAAAUUUCUGAAGACUCGGGUAUUGAAGAACCAUCAUCAUCAGCAACAAAAAAGGGCAAAGGAAAGCACAAGAAUUGGCUACUCAAACAGUGGAAGCAUAUCCAUGGUUGAGACUCCUAUAAGCAGUAGAACUGUCUUGUUGUAUCCUUCUUCUACUUGUCUUCAUUUCUCGUUUUGCCGGAUUGGGAGCAGUGUGUGCGGAUGUUUUGAGUACAAAUUUUGACUACCAUGGUUCCCGAAACUGCAUUUUAUUUAGCAAAUUGGCGGGAGGACUGUAGAUGUUUGUAAAUGUUACGUAGGAAUUUGGUCUCCAUUGGACAGAGUUAAGGGCGUGUAAAAUGGAUCUGAAAGUUUUUAGCCUGUGCCAUUAUUGCGUUGAGAAGCUUCAUUUAAAACUUGUACUUGCUUGUGAUCAUCAGUCGAUGGAGACAGAAGAAUGAUCAUAAGAUUGAAAUUGUUUGUGUAUUCUGGUGUCUUACGUGCUUGCAUCUGAAGCUGCUGAAAGCAGUACUGUUGUCAAAAUCGGUUGGCCUCAAACGGCUAAUUCCAAUCAAAUGCAAACCUAUUCGAUUCAAUGCAUGGUCCGAUUCAAUGGGGACGCAUUUGCA